AUGGAUGCAUACCUCCGCAUCGUCCAAGAUAUAGCCAAAGGUUUCGAGUUCUUCGAACUAACCAAAGUUCCCCGUGGGGAGAACAUCUGCGCCGACGCUCUUGCUGCCCUCGGUAGCAAACUUCACGAUCAAGUAAAGCGGACGAUUCCGAUCCACCGCAUCGAAAGACCGAGCAUUGACCAAGAAGGGGGAACAGUCGCUUCGGUCACCGAAGCAACACCCCCCAUCGACGAUUCCCCUGCGACGACCGACGACGAUCAAACGACCGACUGGCGUCUCGAGUUCAUUAAUUUCCUCGCCCAUGGGACAUUGCCCGCGGAUAAAUGGGAAGCAAGGCGAUUAAAGCGACGCAGCGUGCAUUACGUCGUCACCGAAGGAGAGCUCCACCGAUGGACCGCCACUAAAGUUCUCCUCAAAUUUAUCCAUGGCGAACAAACGAGGCUCGUUAUGGCAGAAACUCAUGAAGGCGCAGCAGACUGCGACUCCUACGUUCGCCACUGCGACAAAUGCCAACGCCACGCUUGUACGAUCCACAGUCCGACCGAGCUCCUCCGUACCAUGACCGCACCAUAUCCCUUCAUGCGGUGGGGAAUGAACAUCAUCGGCCCGUUGCCGACCUCCCGCCAAAAGCGCUUCAUCCUCGUCUUAACCGACUAUUUCACAAAGUGGGUGGAAGCAGAGGCAUACGCGAACGUCACAGACAAAGAAUGGAGAAUCCGUCUCAACACCUCAACGCCGAGGUACCCGCAGUGCAACGGACAAGGCGAGUCAACAAACAAAACUGUCAUAGACGGUCUGAAAAAACGACUCGACUUGAAGAAAGGAUGCUGGGCCGACGAAUUGGACGGCGUUCUGUGGUCUCACCGUACUACACCUCGGGGAGCAACGCAAGCUACCCCCUUUUCGCUGGCAUACGGAGUCGAGGCAAUGGCACCAGCCGAGGUAAACGUCACCAGCUUACGACGUUCAAAGAUGCCCCUUCACGACGAAAUCAACCGAGACAUGCUCCUAGACGCUCUGGAUAAUAUAGAGGAACGACGCGACCAAGCGCUCCUCCGUAUCCAAAAUUACCAGAAUCAGAUCGAGAGCUACUACAAUAAGAAGGUUCGAUCCCGACCUCUCGAACUCGGAGACCUCGUCUUGCGCAAAGUGUUCGAAAACACCAAAGAGUGGAAGGCCGGCAAGUUAGGCGCCAAUUGGGAAGGCCCCUACAAGAUUACACAAGUCAUCCGCCCCAGAGUCUUCCGACUCGAGACUUCCCGUGGCGACGCGGUACCUCGCGCCUGGAACUCCAUGCAUCUACGACGCUUCUACUCGUAA